AUGAAGUUGAGGAACGGAAACAGUAUCUCAUAUCUUACACAGGCUCCUCAACAGCCCACCACUAUCUUGCAGCAGCUCCCAGCGACCAUGAUGCCUCCUGGCUCUGCUCCUUCUAUUAAACCUGGUGGUCAUGUCAAGGAGGACCUUGUAGAGCUGAUGAUGAUCCAAAAUGCCCAGAUGCACCAGGUCAUCAUGAAUAACAUGACCAUGUCGGCACUCAGCUCGUUCGGAUACUCCAGCCCUCCGCCAGUCCCUGCUCCCAGAGAUGUGGUUAUAAUUCAAGAGAACGAGGCUGACCCAGAGAUAUACCACCACUUUUACCAGUCUACGCCUUGCAUGUCCUACCCUGCAUGGUUCCUGCCUCAGGCCACACUGGUCUACCAAGACCCCAUCAAGCCCCCCUCUUCUCCUCCACACUGAGACAGGUGA